AUGGAACCAGAUAGUAAAUUAUUAUCACUCUUAGAGAAGGUUAAUAAUCCUAUAUAAUUGUUAAAAGUACAUAUAACAGUUAAAGUAAUUGGGCAAUAUAAUAAUUAUAUUAGGGAGUGUAUGGAUUUACAGAAGAUUGGAAAUUGACAGAUGAAACGAAUCCAGGAAUAUUUGCUAAUGUAGUUCGAUAUUAAGGGGAAGAUUUAUUUGGAAAGAUUAAGGGUCGAGAAUUAACAGAGAAAGAGAAGUUUGAAGAGUAUUAGAAAAAUAGUAAAAAGAACAAAAAAGACACUAAGAGUCCUGAAGAAGAAGAGUAAAUGAGAAAAGUAUUGGCAUAAGAAGAAGAAGAAGAAUUAAAAAAAUAAUAGUAUUUAGGGACACUUUCAGAAUAGGAUAAAUUAUUUUUUAUUUCUGAAGACAAAUUCAAAACUUCGAGUAUUUAAUAUGAAGAAACACAUACUAUAGAAAUAUAAAAUGUACGUUAAUUAGAAGAAGAAAUUUUAGAAUAAAGAAAUAUGAUUUAUUUUAUUCGAUAACCUGCAAUAACAGAAGAAGAAUUAGUAAAAUUGAAGAAAGGUAAGACAAAAAAUUUAAAUAAUGCUGAAUUAACAUAAAUAAUAUUUAAAGGUGUUUUUGAUUUAUCAGAUUUAUUAGAACCUGGAUGUACUCAUACAACAGUGAGAGCAUUUUUAUAAUAAGAAGAAAAUACAGAUUGUCCAAAAUAUAAUUGUGAUAAGAUGUAUGUAAAAGUAGAUAUAGAAACAGAACCAGCACUUACACCACUUGUAGAAGAUAUUCCUGUUUUAAAUAUUGAACCUAUAAUUAUUUAAAGAAUACCUAGUAAAUUUGAAUGUGUUGGACAAUUUUAAAGUAAAUAUUUUAUUACAAUUUUAAAGGGGAUAUUAAAGAGGCUAUGAAAGCAUUAGAUGAAGAAUAUACUAAACUUAAUCCAAGUGAUUAAAAAGCUAAAAUUAGUACUAAUUUAACAAUUUAAAAAAGAUAGGAAUUACAAAAGAAAAAAGAAUCUUUUUUAAAUGAAAUUAAUUAAUCAGGAAAAUAUAAGAUACUUUAAGAUAGAUUGAGAUCAUCAAUUAUAAGAGUUUGUAUUGAUAAAUUUGCAAAAGAAGGAUUAUUUGUUGGAGUCAAUAAGGAUGAAUAAGAUAGAUUAUUUGCAGAACUUUAUGUAUUUAUGAUGGAAGAAAUGUAAAAUACACUUGGUGAAUAUGUUUUAAAUAAUAAAGAAGAUAUUCAUGAAGAUUUAUAUUCAACAUAUGAUUAAAAUUAAAGAGAAAGAGAUAUAGUAUUCUAAUCAUUAAAAGAAUCUGCAUAUAAAAAAUUUAAGAGAUUUGCUGAGUAAUAUGAAACUAUUAAUCAAGUGGAUUAAGCUCUCAAAUAUUAUACUAAUAUGGUAUUAGUAGAUCCAAAAUCAGCUACUAUUUUUGCUAAAUAUUGUUUCAAAAUUUAGAGAUUUAAAGCAGCUGAAUAAUUAAUAUAAAUGGUUAGAGAUAUAGAAUGGAAUAAAGAAAAUGAAUUAUUAAUGGCUUGUCUUUAUAUUAGAAGAGAACGUUAUAAAGAAGCUAUCAAUAUUGUAUAAGCUUUACUUUAAAAAGAACCAAUAAAUACACUUUUUAAUCUACUUAUGUCAUUUAUAUACAAAUAAUAAGGAAAUCAAAAUUUAGCUGAUAAGUAUUCAAGAUGUACAUAAAGAAUAUUUAUGAGAACUAUGGGCUUACUAACUAAAGGGUAUUUUUUAAUCAUUUUAUUUAAGAUUUCCAAAAUAGUAACCAGAUCCUCAUAUUUUACCCAAUUUUAAAUAAUAGAUGAUUGAAUAAUAAGAGAAAGCUAAAAAAGCUCCAGUUUUAACUCAAGAAUAGACUGAUUAAAUAUAAUUAGAAUUAAUUGAAUAUUUUGCAUCUAGAAGUUUAUUUGAUUUAGCUGAAAAAGCUCUUGGAAAUAUCAAAGAUAAAACAACUCAAAAAAUUAAUAUAAUUAAAGCUUAGAUUCAUAUUUUUAAUGAAAAUUAUACAGAAGCAUAAAACUUAAUUCAAAAAAUCUUAAAUUAGAAUCCAAAAAAUUAUGAAGUCUAUUUAAUUAAAGGUGCUUUAUGUUAUCAAACAGAAUAAUUUUAUGAAGCAGAAGAAACUUUUCUUAAAGCUUUAUCUAUCUAACAAAGAAAAUCUUUUGAUAUUCUAUUAAGAUUAGGAUAUUUGUAUUUGAAGCGUAAAUCUUGGUAAGAUGCAAAAACUAUUUUUGAAAGAGCUUUAGAUUAAUAAGUACCUUCAAAUAGUUCCUUAACCUGGUUAGGAUUGGGUAUUUCAAAUUUAAGAUUGAAAGAUCCUAUAGCUGAAGAAUGUCUUUGUUAAGCAAGCAUUCAUGAACCUUUCAAUGGUGAAGUUUGGGGUUAUUAAGCCUUAAAUUGUUUAUAAUAAAAAAGAGGAUAAUAGGCUAAAUAAUGUUUAUAAAGAAUGGAAUAAACUGAGGUUAAUGAUUUAGAUUUAUUACUUGAAUUAGCAGAUGAAAUGUACAAAUGCUAAGAUUUUGAAAGUUGUAGAUAAAUAUUGAUGAGAGUUUAUAAUUCCAAAGUCAAAAUACCUAAUAUGGGCUUAUUAUUAAAGAAUCUUGGUUAAGUACAUGCUGAAUUGCAAAGAAAAGAAGAAGCUAAAUAAUAUUAUCAAGAAUCUUUGUUAUAUUUAGAGAGUGCUAAUGAAAAAGCAAAAGUUAUUAAAGAAAUUAAGAUUUUAUGA